AUGAGACUGUUGGUGGUCCUGCUGCUGACUGCGUCAGUGUGGGCCUUCCCCGAGAGAAGGUCGGCAAGUAACGCAGGGCCCCUACCACAGACCUCUCAACAACUACACGCACAGGCACAGAAGCUGGAGAAAGCACGAGAAGCGCAAAGAGAUUGUAAAGGAAAGUGUGCGUCAAGUAUAGCCCAGAAAGCAGCAGCAGAAGCAAAGGCUGCGCAAGCAGCUCAGAAUGCGGCAGGAGCCCAAGCCGCUCACAUGGUAAAAACCCAACUAGCUGAAAAAGCAUUACAAGCUGCCAAGGCAGCUGAGGCAGCCCUCGCUGGCAAGCAGGCUGUAGUGGAACAACUCCAACAAGAAGUGAAAGAAGCGGAAGCCGUAGUCGCUGAGAAUACCGCCGCUGUUCACCAGCAGCAAUCAACAGUGAAUGCUGCAGUACAAGCAGCACAGCAGGCUACUGCUCAGCAUAAGCUAUUGUGCCAAGCGACGCAACUGGCGUGCCAGCUGGAAAAGUCCGCCCACUGCGUUCUGGACAAGACUAAAUUUGGCCUACAAGAAAAAUGUCACAAUCUGUCUGAGGCGAGAGCGAGAUUGGCUCAUUUACAGCAUAAGUUGCAAUGCGCUUGCACUGAAUGUUCUAUAACGAAGCAGGCUGCACAUAGUGCUUGCGAAGCUGCGAGAGCGGCUUGUGGUAAUGCUCGAAAGAAAAAGCAAGUUGCGAGUCAGUCCCCUGUACAUAAGCUGCUGGCCCAAGCAACCCAACUAGCAUGCCAACUUGAGAAAACAGCACACUGCGUCCUGGACAAGACUAAGUACGGUUUGCAAGAGAAAUGCCACCAUCUGUCGGAUGCUAGAGCCAGACUUGCUCACCUACAGCACAUGUUGCAAUGCGCGUGUGCGGAAUGUUCAGCGACGAAGCACGCUGCUCACUGCGCUUGCGAAGCAGCGCGAGCAGCAUGCGGCAACGCUCGAAAGAAAAAACACAUCUUGGAACAGCUCACAAUAGGAUCGAAAGAUGAAAGUAAGCGAGGUCGAUGA